CAUUCAAAAACAUCUCGACUGAACCGAGCUGAGCUGCAGAGACGGCGAAGUUACUCUAACGUUUCGACUGUAAAUGACUGAGUUUUUUUUGUAGACUACAAAUUUCUUCGGAAUCUCCAGUAAGUUUCACUCACAGCAGCUUCUGACCUUUUAUCGAAGCUGACUCCCGAGUUGUGUUCCAGUCUCGCCAGCAUGUAUCGUGGUGUGCUGUUUUUGGGGAUUCUGUUCACAUGCCAGGUGCUCAGGUCUCAGAGUCAGGACUGUGUGAGCAGACAGGAGCUGCAGAGCACUCUUCGACAGGUCCACAAGCUGCUCUCAGCUCACGAGACAUCAUUCUUACAAAACCUACGCAGCCUCCGCAAGAAACUGAGCCUGCUACAGAGCAGCACAGUCAAACCAAGCAACAGCACUAGCACAGCAGGAUGUUUGCCCCCAGAUCCGCCAGCCAAUGGUAGGAUGCUGGGCAGAGUGUUCCGGGUUGGCCAUGAGGUUCACUUUUUGUGUAGCCCCGGUUUUCGGCUGACAGGGGCGGAGACCAGGGUGUGUCUGGAUUCCCUCACCUGGAGUGGAGAGCAGGCAGCAUGCAAGGCUGUAGAUUCUGGGAUAAACAAUGAUGCUACUUCCUCCGUGGCCACAUCUACCUCAUCCUCUUCCCCACCCUUGAUCUCGGCCUAUGUGCGUCCCUCCCGCUGCAUUGAGUUCCAGGGCUCCAAGCACUGCACCUGUGAGCAGGGCUACAGCAUCUACAGCCAGGACAGAGGCCUGUGCACAGACUUAGACGAAUGCGAGCUCUUCCGGCUGACUCAACCUGGCCGUCUUUGUAUGCACACCUGUGUGAACACGGCCGGGAGCUACCACUGUCAAUGUCCUGUGGGUUACUCUCUCAGCAGAGAUAGCAGGAGCUGCCAAGAUAUUGAUGAGUGUGAGAGGGCUGCUCACAACUGUACAAGGGAGCAGAUGUGUGUGAACACAUUUGGAGGUCACCGUUGUAUUGAGGUUGAGUGCCCUCGCUUCCGCAAUGCUUCCUACGUCAAAACUUCACCCCUACGCUGUGAGCGUAAUCCAUGUCUCGAGGGGGACAAAGCGUGCCUCCAGGCUCCUGUCUCUGUGAACUUCCACUUCAUGUCAGUGGUGUCAAACAUGACUGCCCCACGGGUGCUGUUCCGAGUGUCUGCUGCGCGUGUGCUGGGGGACGCACUGCGCUUCGGCCUGUUGGGAAACCGGGGAGGAGCACACUUUGCUGUCCAGCGCUCAGGCAAGCAGACUGGACAACUGCUGCUGGUGGACGCUGUCCAAGGCCCUGCCACACUGGAGGCCGAGGUAGAGAUGAGCGAACUGGAGAGGAGAACGCUGCUGGGUCGAUACGUGACCAAAGUUACUCUGUUUGUGUCCCCAUAUACAUUCUGAUAUGACGAGCAAGGAGGAAAUGGACUGGACCAUGUUAAAGCUCACUGGAGAACAAAGAGAUUGUGAUACCUGAGACCAGAGAGGACUGUGUUUUAAUGCCUGCCUUACAGGUAACAUAGAAAGUAGUUUA